AUGUUUGGAACUUUCAACAUCCUUGAACAAAGCAGGAGCAAAAAUACCUUUUACGAGUGCCAGCGUCCAGAGAUGCUACAACCAGCAGCAGUCCUCGGCAGCAUCGUCGUCUGUUUCUUUGGACAAGGUUUUCUUGAAGGCACCUCCGAUCUUUCGGCCGUCGUCGACACUGCCAGAGUACGAGGGUUCGCCGGGUUCGUUCUGGUGGCAAAUCCUUUGUAUGGAGAUUUUGUUGCCCAGCCGAUCCCCUUCUCAGUUCCUGGGAUUAUGAUUCCUCGCGUAUCGGAUGCCCAAAUCCUAAUUCACUACUACGAGGACUACACGAACAAGAACCCAACAAAAUAUCGAGCGACUGCAGCGAUCAAAGAAGGCAGGAUGGCAACGUUCGAUGAUCCCGCUCCCAUCGUCGCAAGAACUUCAUCGAGAGGCCCCGACAUCGUAGACGACAAAAUGAACCCUGCGGACGUCCUCAAGCCUGAUAUUCUCGCACCCGGCGACCAAAUCUGGUCUGCGUGGAGCCCCGUCAGCUUAAUGAAUCCGAUACUCCGCGGGAGAGCUUUCGCCUUGUUAUCAGGUACCAGCAUGGCAACGCCCCACGUCGCCGGGGUGGCGGCGCUCGUGAAGCAGGCGCACCCGGGCUGGUCUCCUGCUAUGAUCGCUUCGGCGAUAUCGACGACAGCAGCGGGGUAUGAUAGCCGAGGGUUGCCAAUAAUGGCUCAGGGGGGUGAACUGUAUCGGGUUUAUAAUUCUACUCCGUUCGAUCGUGGAAGUGGGUUUGUCAGUCCUGCAGGCGCGCUGGAUCCUGGAUUGGUUUUUUCAGCAGAGUUUGAGGACUACAUAAGCUUCCUCUGCUCACUGCCUGGCCUAGACAGAGCUAGAGUCAAAUACGUAACAGGCGCUUCAUGCAACGUACCGGUACCAUCGCCAGCAGAUCUCAACCUACCUUCGAUCACAAUCUCGGCUUUAUCGGGUUCUCAGUCUAUCCAUCGUCGAGCGACCAACGUGGCGAGCUCACCGGAGACGUACACAUGCUCAGUUCUACCUCCAGAUGGCGUGGCCGUCGAGGUUCAGCCAAUGAUAUUUACGGUGCUGCCACGGAGGACGCAAGAAUUGGUGAUAAGAUUCAAUGUGCCUCAUGGGUCUGACGGUUUUAAGUUUGGGGAAAUUGUUCUUGUUGGUAGCUUGAAUCAUAUAGUAAGAUUGCCCUUGUCUGUUUUUCCUAAAGCAUAAGGGACACUGGAUUACAUGUCUGUAUUCGUGAUGGAACUCGAGUUAUUUGCUUAAGGUUUCGUGUACUCGCUAAAAAUGAACAAGGAUGGUGGCAUGUUCUGAAUAGCAAUAAUUCGUAUAUGUGCAUCUACAUCCUUUGAUAGUUCCUUGUACUAGUAAAGCACACUUGACUUGCACACAAUAGUAAGGUUUAAGUCACACUUAACUGGCGUCAAUUUAAGCAAACAAUAACCAAAAGAGGUAUAUAACUUGAAGCUGAUGCUACCAGAGUAUUAUAGAUAUAUCGCACGAGAGCCACAUCCAGCUGCAUUAUGCUGUUCAGAUACGUAAUAAUUAAA